UUCUGAAUAAACUGACGUCAGAUUUUAUGCCGUGCGGCUCACAAUGCGGAUCGAUUGUUGUGCAAAAGUUCUCAAAAUGAUUUGUGUUUUCUGCUAAUAAUGAUUGAUUAGUUAAUAGUACGCGCAAAUUUCGUCAGAUUUGCAACGUUAGUGAAUUGGUCACUACUGGAUUUACAUUUAAGCAAUGCAACGUCUUAGCAAAGCAGGCAGGCUAGUCUACCUGCAGCGGACAGCUCCGGCACUGUCCGCAGCAGGGUGCAGCUCCAGGUUGCAAAAUGUUUCGCUCCAAUGCACGGCGUGUUACUCAUCCCGACGGCCCGGCUUCUUCUCCCAGGUGCUGGACAACAUCAAGGCGGAGAUGGAGAAAAACAAAGAGAUGAAAGAUAAUUUGAAAAAGUUUCGCGAGGAAGCGCAGAAACUGGAGGAAUCCGAUGCACUGAAGGCCGCGCGGCAAAAGUUUAACACCGUCGAAUCAGAGGCUUCCAAAGGUAGUGAUGUGCUGAAGGAAAAUUUGGACAAGAUUCGGGGGAAGGUGACGGAAGUGUUGGACGAGGCGGCAAAAACAGACAUUGCCCGCAAGGCGGGUAAAAUCGGCGAGGAGCUGGGUAAAACGGCCAAAGGCAUGGGAGAGACGAUCGCCGAGAAAAGUCAGGAACUGGGCAAGAGUGGAGCCUUCAAAGGUAUUUCGGAAGCAACCAAAGCCGUGCGGCAGGAGAUCGACAGUCAGGGAAUCGCAGCGAGAGUUUAUCGAGCACCAGAACAGCUGCGAAAGCGAGUUGAGGUAAAUUUGUCAGAUGCCUCGCGGGUGUUCGAAGCGAACACAGAAGCGCUGGGAGUCGAACUGCACAAAGAUAGCAAAUUCUACCAGAGCUGGGAAAACUUCAAAAACAACAACGCCUACGUGAAUAAGGUUCUCUCGUGGAAGAUGAAGUAUGACGAAUCGGAGAAUCCGAUGAUCCGGGCGUCUCGGCUGCUGACGGACAAAAUGAGCGACGUGAUGGGUAAUCUCUUUUCGAAGACGGAGCUAUCGGAAACGUUGACGGAAAUCUGCAAGAUUGAUCCGAACUUUGAGCAAAAGCAGUUUCUGCGGGACUGCGAGAACGAUUUUAUCCCGAAUAUCUUGGAAGCAAUGGUCCGCGGUGACUUGGAGGUCCUGAAAGACUGGUGCUUUGAGAGCACGUACAACAUUAUCGCCACACCAAUUGCGCAGGCCCAGAAGGCUGGCUUCUUUCUCGAUUCCAAGAUUCUCGACAUUGAAAACGUGGACCUGGCAAUGGGUAAGGUGAUGGAACAGGGCCCGGUGUUGAUCAUUACCUUCCAAACGCAGCAGAUCAUGUGCGUGCGGGAUAGUAAAAACAACGUCGUCGAAGGCGACCCGGAGAAGGUGAUGCGAUGCAACUACGUGUGGGUUCUGUGUCGGGAUCCGAACGAACUCAAUCCGAAGUCGGCCUGGCGGCUGAUGGAACUGCAGGCUAAUAGUAUAGAACAGUUUGUCUAGUGGUUGAAUGAGCAGAGAGAAAGAGAGAAUCGAAACGCGGACAGUUGUUCCUUAUUUUGGUCCGUGUUUUGUCAGCGGAAAUGAGAAAACAAAAGCUCUCGUUCGACGAUUGUUAUUAAGUCUGUCGAAACGAAAAUGCUGUAAACUUAUAUUUUAAACUUCUUAGUCCUAGCGAGAAACCGAGAAUAAAUGAGAUCUUUUUUUGUUGAUUGUCGAACACAAGAAACGACUUAAACCUA